AACUCUUCUUCUUCUUCUUCUAUCCUCCACCACCCGCCGCCGUCCCUCCGCCGCUCCUCCGUCGUAGAAAUGGUGAAGUUCUCGAAGGAGCUGGAGGCGCAGCUCAUCCCAGAAUGGAAAGACGCGUUUGUGAAUUACUGGCAGCUGAAGAAACACGUCAAGAAGAUUAAGCUGGCAAGAAAACCCAAACAUGUCCCGGGCUCCAACUGCGAUUUCGGACGCUCCGUUUUCGACCCGGUUCGUGUCCUCGUUGGUCGGAUCCUGGGAAGAACGACGAACACCGGAAAUAAACCCGACAUCAUUCAGGUGAAGAGUAAAAUUAGUGUAGGAGAAGAAGAAGUUGAGGAAGUUUACGAAACAGAGGUUGAUCAGCUGUUUUCAGAAGAGAAUGAGGUUAAGGUGUUCUUUGAGAUGUUGGACGAUGAGUUGAACAAAGUGAACCAAUUUUACAAGACUAAAGAAGGUGAAUUCCUUGAAAGGGGUGAGUUAUUGAACAAGCAGCUCCAGAUUUUGGUGGACCUCAAGCGCCUUCUCACCGACCGCCGCCGCAAAAAUCUGCCAACCACACCGGCAGCCGGCGGAUCCGCUUUUCUCUCUAGGUCUAAUUCUUCCUUGGGCCAGAAUUCGGAUUUCUCCGAAAACAGCGUCGACAGUCCAAAUUCACAGACAGACGAAGCAAUAGCUGCGGUGGGGAAGAAGGACGGCAUAAACUCAGCAAAGGCGAAGAAGGCGGAGGCGAUGAGAAUAGAUAUUCCGGCGAGCACGCCGUCGCGGACGAUAGCGGCGGUGACGUCGAUGCUGUGGGAGGAAUUGGUGAUGAGCAACAGCAAGAAAGGGGGAGGAGGAGACUGCAUGAUGAACAGGAAGAAGAUUGAGUGUGCUGAGAAGAUGAUAAGAGGGGCGUUUGUGGAGCUCUACAGAGGUUUAGCCUUGCUCAAAACCUACAGUUCAUUGAAUAUGGUUGCCUUCACAAAAAUACUCAAGAAAUUCGACAAGGUAUCAAAUCAGCAGACAUCAAAAAGUUACCUCAAAGUAGUCAGACGCUCCGAUUUCAUUACUUCAGACAAGGUUGUAAGAAUAAUGGACGAAGUGGAAUGCUUGUUCACACAGCACUUUACCAACAAUGACAGGAAAAAGACAAUGAUGUUCUUGAGACCUCGACGCCACAAAGAUUCUCACAUGGUUACUUUUUUUGUUGGUUUGUUUACGGGUAGCUUUGUAACGUUGUUUACCGUAUACGCUAUCUUGGCGCACCUUAGUGGUAUGUUCUCACCACCAACGCAAGCUGCUUACAUGGAAACCGUCUACCCUCUCUUCAGCAUGUUUGCAUUGCUAAGCUUGCACCUCUUCAUGUAUGGAUGCAACCUCUUCUUGUGGAAGAGCACAAGAAUCAACUACAACUUCAUCUUCGAUUUCCAACCGGCCACCGCCCUCAGCUACCGAGAUGCUUUCCUCGUCUGCACGUCCCUCAUGACGGCAGUUGUAGGCUCUAUGGUCGUCCACCUCAUCCUACUCUCCACCGGCAUCUUUCCUCGCCAAGCCGACUUCAUUCCUGGGAUUUUGCUGUUGUGUUCCGUCCUCCUCCUCAUAUGCCCGUUGAACGUCUUUUAUCGCCCAACACGGUACUGCUUCCUCAGGGUCAUACGCAACAUAGUCUGUUCUCCGUUUUACAAGGUUUUGAUGGUUGAUUUCUUCAUGGCUGAUCAACUCACCAGUCAGAUUCCAUUAUUGAGGCACAUGGAAUCAGCAGCCUGCUAUCUUCUUGCUGGAAGUUUCAAAACACACCGUUACGAGACUUGCAAGUCCGGGAAGCAAUACAGAGAGCUCGCUUACGUUAUCUCCUUCGCCCCCUAUUACUGGCGUGCGAUGCAGUGCGCGAGGAGAUGGUUUGACGAAUGCAACAUAGACCACCUUGCUAACCUAGGGAAGUACGUAUCGGCUAUGGUGGCAGCCGGGGCGAGGCUGACCUACGCAAGACAGCCAUCGCAGCUGUGGCUGGUCACAGUUCUGGUGACUUCAUUUGUCGCAACGGUUUAUCAACUGUACUGGGAUUUCGUCAAGGAUUGGGGACUUCUCAACCGUAAGUCGAAAAAUGCAUGGCUUAGAGACGAUCUAGUGUUGAAGAACAAAGGCAUUUACUAUGGGUCCAUAGCCUUGAAUUUUAUCCUAAGAGUAGCGUGGGUGGAGACUGUGAUGAAAUUUAAUAUCGGGGUGGUCGAGUCACGCUUGCUCGACUUUUUCCUAGCUUCGUUGGAGGUCAUCCGACGUGGACACUGGAAUUACUAUAGGUUAGAAAAUGAGCACCUGCACAACGUCGGGAAGUUCAGAGCAGUGAAGACGGUGCCAUUGCCAUUCCACGAGACGAACUCCGGUAGAUGAAAUGACAAGAAUGACCUCAACUGAUGCGUCAGAAGGAAUCAGAACGUGGGGCAAAUAAGUCUUUUCACCAAGCAUAAACCUGGCGGGACUGGAAACCUGUUGCAUGACAACAUGCAUGCCUUUUCCACAGUACAAUUCAAGAACUUCUAACAGAGAUUUGAUCCCGCAGACGUAGCUUCCAGCUUUAACAAUGUCCAAAUGAGAACAUUCUACGCUGUAAAUUGUAUCGAGGUAAUAGUACUCGCGGUGCAAGUACCUGCUCUUUUCGAUCUUUUGCUGUUGACGAUUUGUAGUGGAAAAAUUGCAAUUUACUUCCAUAACUUAUCCUC